AUGUCCUGGUUUUCCUGCGGUGUCUUCAUCAGAAAUGGACCCCGCUCGUCUCCGUUCCGGAGCCUGGUCGCCACAUCCACCAUCGCUCCUGCCGCUUAUCAGGCCGUCCCGGCCCCGCUAACGCGGAAACUUCUGUGGCCGGGUGCUGCCACGCUGGUGCCGGUCGCUGCGACGAGGGCUUCCUCUGCAGUUGUUUUUCCAUCAGUUUCCUCCUGCCGGUGGAUCAAUAGCAUGAAAGACUUUCGACGGAAGUGGAAAAAGAAGAUGGCGAGCGGGAAAAUCAACAACAAAUGGGGCAGAAGAAAUGGGGGAAAUGGGAACGUAAGAUCGGAAUACGGUGCCCACUGACCAACAAAUUGAAAUCGUUAGAACUGCUAUUGUGCCAACAUCCUGUAAGAGCAAGUCCUCGACGUCUGCUCUAGUAGCACUUACGAUAAGUGCAAGUAGAAGUGCUGCGCAAGUAGUACAAGCACAGUUGAACAAGAGAGGACACGAAUACUCACAACCUUGAGCCACAGAAAAUUGUUAUACGAAGUUGUUGCACGAUGCUGCUCAAGGAGACGACGUCUUCGACUGGUGUCCACGCACGCCGUGGUAUGUUCGCAGCCUACGCUCAGCUAGGCACAUCAAUGGGCAAGGCUGUGUUUAGAUCUCCU